GUCUUAUCCAGCCCCAUCACCCAUCGUCCUCACACCCUAGCCUCUUACGCAUCUCCUCUGCACGGAUCGAUUUUCCCGGCCACCUCGCCUGCAACGCACGGACUUGUUUUGGGUCCGACGCCUGCACCAGCACCACCAUCACCAUCACCACCCGCUCUUGCUCUCACUUUUCAGACGCGCCUCACCAUUGUAUCGCGUGUUCUCAGGUCCAAGCUGCACUCGCCGCUUUCUAAGGGCCGUUGAAUUCUGGCCGCUGAUUUGGCUGCAUCGUCUCCUCUGUUCCUGCAUAAGACGGUCCUUGGCAUUUAAGGGAACCAGGAAACUCGACAUCAAAGCUGCGCCCCGGCCAACUUCAACUCCACCACUACCAAACUCCUCUUCCUCCAUCAUCGUCCACGGUGUAUUGCUAGAUCCGACUUUCCUUUGACGUCUCCACGUCCAUCACGGUCACCAGCCAUUUUUUGUCACUUUUUUCGGCUGGAUCUUUUCUUCGCUGCACCGGCAUCGUGAGCGCGGCCACGACAAUGCACCACCAUUGAGACCUCCCUCUUGCGCUCUGCUGACAUCGACCUUGAGCGACGCCCAUCACUCUCCCUCUUUCCCGUCUCACUAAUCUCAUCGUCCCCGUCAGCUUCAUUCACCAUACCUAUCCACGCCGCAUGACCACCACCAUCGACCCCUUCACUCGUUGCGCGUCGACUUGAUCGAUCGAUAUCCCUCCUUGAUAUCGCCAUCAUGUCCUUUCUUUUCAAAUCAAAGAAAAACGCGCCCGCUCAACCUCCGAAUUCCUCUUUACCUCCUGCGACACGAAACAUUCACACAUCCGAUGGAACAACCGCCUCCUCCACCCUGAAUGGCUCUAUCGACAAGUCAAUAGACGGUCGCUCUACCACAUCACCUCCUCCACUCGCGAAUUCGAAUCCAAAUGCCUCCAUCUCAUCCGUGGGGUCCAUCCUCGCCAACACUCCCAUACAAGGCUAUCCCCGCCGCGAACGAUCAGAAUCAGAACUCGGCAAUCGUCCUCCCACUUCCUCAGCCGCGCUACCCCCUCAACAACCCCCCAAUGCUGCCUUGUACCCCUGGUCGCAGCGCCGUUUGACCUUUCCCACUCCUCAAUCCAAUCCCUUUCCGCGUUACGGCGCUGCUGUCAAUGCCGUCGCCUCGAAAGAUGGCGACAUCUAUAUCAUGGGCGGCUUGAUUAAUGGCUCCAUGGUCCGAGGUGACUUGUGGAUGGUCGAGUCGGGUGGCGGUAGUCUAUCCUGCUAUCCUAUCGCUACAGUCUCGGAGGGCCCAGGGCCUCGUGUUGGGCAUGCCAGCUUACUCGUUGGUAACGCUUUCAUCGUCUUUGGUGGCGAUACUAAAAUGGACGACUCCGAUACUCUCGACGACACUUUGUAUCUUCUCAAUACAUCCUCUCGUCAAUGGUCCAGAGCCUCACCACCAGGCCCCAAGCCUGCCGGUCGAUAUGGUCACACCCUAAACAUCCUGGGCUCCAAAAUCUACAUCUUCGGUGGCCAAGUCGAAGGCCUAUUUUUUAAUGAUUUGAUUGCCUUUGAUUUGAACGCCUUACAGAACCCUGCAAAUCAAUGGGAAUUCUUAAUCCCCAAUACGGAUGACUCCUCGACCUCGGCCGCUAAAGUUCCUCCGGCGAGAACAAAUCAUACCAUAGUGAGCUAUAAUGACCAGCUUUACCUUUUUGGCGGUACUAAUGGCACCCAAUGGUUCAACGAUGUCUGGACCUAUAGUCCGGCAACCAAUUCCUGGGCUCAGCAAGAUUGCAUUGGCUAUAUCCCAGCUCCACGCGAGGGCCACUCGGCCGCCCUUGUGAAUGAUGUCAUGUACAUUUUUGGUGGACGAACGGAAGAAGGUACAGACCUCGGCGACCUGGCUGCGUUCCGUAUUCCCUUCAAGAGGUGGUACACGUUUCAGAACAUGGGCCCCUCGCCCUCUCCCAGGUCCGGCCACAGCAUGACCGCAUACCGCGAAAAGAUCAUAGUCCUCGCUGGAGAACCAAGCUCGGCGCCUCGCGACCCCAGUGAACUCAGCCUAGUUUAUGUCCUCGAUACGGCUAAAAUCCGCUAUCCGAACGAUGCUCCAACUGAUCUCAAAGGUCCUAACAGUCCAACCCGUCGACCAAGCACAGAAGUCAAAAGUUCGAGUUUACCCCUACGGACAGCCUCGCGAGAAGGUCAACGAAUGCAAAUUCGAGAGCAAUUCGCCGGAGGUCCAGUCCAGAGACCUGAUGCUCCUGGAAACAAUCAGAACUCUCGAUUGCCACGUUCCUCUAUGGGUGCCGCUCCUGUCGGCCCACCUCCUCAAGGCCAACCUCCCAACCCUCGCGUCAACGGCACUCAGUCCCCGGCGAACGGUGUCCACAUGAAUGGCCAGAAAGGACGUUACACUCCAAACUCAGAAGCUCGUGGACCCUAUGCCGGUCCGGACUCGGUACGCGGGAUGCCAAAUGAUAUCCAUGUCCAACCGAAUAUCCGAGAGGCUCAGAAGGAGAAUAGCCAUCCCUCCAGGGACGCCAGCCCCGCGACACACGGCAGAAGAACCCCAAUUCAGCGCACCGAGUCCAAGGCCAAGGCUAUGGAGGCCAAUGAGGCAGCUCCCUUGGUCAGCGCUGGCGUUGCUAGACAGCGUUCACUUCGCUCCCAGCGAGCACAGAGUUCGAUUGACAGUACAGAGGAUGGACUGCUUGGUCGCAGUUCCUCUGGUCGACACCAUGGCGACUCCCAAACCGAAAAUCGAAGUCUCCGAAGCACCGUGGAAGAACCAAAGUCUCCGAAACUCAGCGUUCACCAAGAGGCUUUGGUCAAGGAGUUGGAGAAUGUCAAGAAGACCAAUGCUUGGUACGCCUCUGAGCUAGCCCUCGCCCGGAAACAGGGCUUUCAGACCGGGACUUCCUCCAGCCCUACCUUUGACGAGCGCGUGGUCAGUCAGGUUGCCGACGACGACCGCCCUGUCGUUGAGGCAUUCAUGGUCAUGCGUGCGGAGAUGGUUAAGAUGCAAGAAGCUAUGGAACAACAAGCAGCUGUCAUGGCAAGAAAGGUGGCCGAGGUUGAACAUCAACGUGAUGCUGCAGUGACCGAAGCCGCCUAUGCGAGAGCCAAACUUGCUGCACAUGGUGGUAGCCAGCGAAGCACGCCCCAGCCCGAUGCCCCCCACGGCUCUGAUGACCAGGAACGGUUCACUGAAUUGACGCGUCGACUGGCCUUGGCUUUGGCUGCCCAGACUGAGCACAAGUCAAGGAUGGAAUCUCUCGCCAACGACCUGAAUUCGGAGAGACGAGCGCGAGAGCUUGCAGAAGAAUCAAUCGAUGCCCUUCAGCUGCGGUACGACGAAGUCAGCAAAACCCGAAAUCCCGCCGAAAUCGAGGGCCUGCGGGCAGAUCUACAUGAGGCUCAGAGUAUUGCUCGAACGGAGUCGGGACGCCGGGCAGAGGUCGAGGAAGAACUGCGAAAGUUGCGCCUUCAGCACGGUAGUCUGACCAAAAAUCACGAGGAGGCUUCUUCUCGCCUGGAAACCCACACUGCCUCCAUGUUGGCCUUGCAGGCGGCUGUGGCUGCGUCAACCGGAAAAGUCGCUCUCUAUGAACGGCAGAUCGAGCAGGAACGACAACAGCGAGAAGCGGCCGAACGAAAACUUACGCAGAUUCGUGCCGAACACGAAGAGAGAACUAACGAACUGGAAAGUACAUCUAAACGUUUGCGAGACGCCGAAGAACUGGCAGAACAGCACGCAAAUGAAGCAUCAACCCAUCGAGCCGCUCUGUUGGCUGGACUUGCCAAUCUGUCCAGCCCGUCUUCAUUGUCAAAGGAUGACCCAGUCCGCGAGGAAGAAUUCAACGCCUUGCGGGAAUCUGCCGAACAAUCUUCAGCGUUGGCCAAGCGCAACCAAGAAGCCGCAGACGCGGCGGCACAGAAAUUGCGUAGUGCUGAAGAGCGUAUUGCCGGACUCGAAGCAUAUCAGGAGCAGUCCAGCCGAGAAGGCCUGCAGAUCCGACGUCAAUUGCAAGCUGCCUUGCGCGAUGCGCAGAAGUACCAGCAAGAAAUUCGUCAGCUCCAAGCCAACAUGGAAAUCAGUCAACGCGAUGCCAGUGCCCUGGCUGUCCAGCAUAGCGCAUUGAAGGACUUGCUGGGUGAGCGUGGCUUGAAUGGAUCCGACAUGAGAAGAUCACCCAUUGCGGACAACUCGCCAAGUUCGAGAUUCGGUACGCCAGAGCAGGGUCGACUGCGCGAACUUGAUCAACAGUUGCAAUCCAGUCUGAAGGCGCACGAAGAGACCAAGAUGCAAUUUGAAGCCCGCAUGCAGGAAGCCGACAGCACGUACAAGGAGAAGCUAGAGCAGCUUGAAAACGAUUAUCAAUCGGCCGUCCACUACGUCAAAGGAACCGAAAAAAUGUUGAAGAAGAUGAAGGAAGAACUGAGCAAGUACAAGUCGCAAAAUCAACAACUGUCUACCGAACUUGAAAGUGCCCGGAAUCUGGGAACUAGCACUAAACAGGGCGACAAUCCGGCAUGGGAAUCUGAACGCAAACAACUCGAGUCAUCCAUCGAGGAGAUGCGGACGCAAACAAGCCAACAAGUCAGUGCUCUGGAGGCAAAUGUCAGCAAACUGAACGCAGAGAUUAGCAGUCUCAAGGCUCGUCGGGACAAGGACCAAACAAGUCGUGAGGAACUGACGAGGAGUGCACAAAAGAUCGGAGUGGAAUUAGAACAACUCAAAGUUGAAAACACCAUGUUGGAGCGGCGAGCGGAAGCGGCCGAAACUCGGGUCACUAUGCUACUUGAUCAGGUUGGGCAGUCGGUGGGCAAUUACCGGCGGCAGUCACAACUCCAACCAACAUCUCUUGGGAUUAAUGGCAUUGGUCACAGCCGGGAGGAAAGCAGCUCAACAUUGACGGACGCUUCAUUGAACGACGAGAUCAUGUCUCGGGACGAGCGGGGGUCCGUUGCUCUCGAUAAUCUGGCGUCAGAACUGGAGACCCUACGAUCGCAGUGGGAGACAACGAGCCGGAGUAAUCAUCGAGCGAGCACACAAUUUGAAUCGGAGAGAACGCCCACGGCAGAGACUCACGGAGCUGAGCUGAGCGACAGUCUUGCCGACUGGCGACGACGACUGGAAGAGGAAGAGAAGGGAGCGAAGCGAUUACCCGUGCUUUGAAGAGGGUAGAGAGCACAGAGCAAAGGAAAAAGAUUGACGGGUGUCAUGAGGUGUUUGAUCUUUGUUGAGCAGAUUUCCGUUGUGUUGACUCUGCUGGCUGAUUGUUGUUUAUCUUCGAUUUUCUUUUAUACACUUUUGCGAUGGGAGCUGGCGCCGAGCUGGGGAUCUGCGAAAGCAUUCGAUGGAAAUGAAAGUGACGUUGCAAUCGAAAUCUUGAGCAAGUUCCUACUGGUUAGGGGCUGGAUGUAUUGUACAUGAUGCUACCGUUGUUAAGGGGUUGGCUGGGAUCAGGACAGACAAUGGUUGUUUGGGGUUGGGUUUUGGCGAUGGCCGGCGCGUAGGGUUAGGUUGAGAUUAAUGCUGAUAGCAUGUGAUCCUGAGUAUUACCGAUGUUUUGAAUUCUUGAUGUAGCAUAGUGAAGCC